CGAGCCCCGCUGACCAUUAGAGGGGGAGCAGCGGUCGGCGCCUCUCGGCUCACACAGGGAAGGCAGGCGGGCAGGCGGGCAGCGAGCGGCGGCACGGUGCACCUCACCCAGCGCUGCCUCUCAGUUGAUCUGACGUCGGAGCAAACAUGUUGUGGAAACUAGCUGACAACGUCAAGUACGAAGACGAUUGCGAGGACCAACACGAUGGCAGCAGCAACGGGACCCCUCGCCUGCCGCAGCUCGGGACUGUCACCCAGCACUUGUACUCCGCCGCCCCUCCUCUGUCUCACACCCCGAGCUCCGACUUCGGGCCACCCUACUUCCCCCCUCCGUACCAGCCCCUGGCCUAUACCCAGUCCUCGGACCACUACUCUCACCUAAGCGACCCCUACUCCCUCAACGUGCUCCACCACCACCCGCAGCAGCAGCAGCAAUCGGGCUGGCCGGCGCGCCAGGGGCAGGAGACGGUGCUCUCUCAUCACCAGCGGGUCAGCGCGGCCGCACACCUCUCGGCGCUAGAACCCCGGAGAGACAUCCGCCGGCCAGACAUCCUCAUCCCGGGCCCUCACCACAUGGACACGGCGCUGGUGGAAAACCUCACCAUGCACGACGCGGUUCACACGAUGGAGGAAGUGCCGCACGUCGAGGACCCGAGCAUGCUCAUACAAGACCAUGGGGUGAUCAGGAAAGGUCCAAUGACGAUAUCCCGAGGCACAGCGCUGUCGGCUCUCUCCUACCAGAAGGACGGUCUGCUUGGCGGCGUGACAAACCCCAACGAGGUGUUUUGCUCGGUUCCUGGCCGGCUCUCGCUCCUGAGCUCCACGUCCAAGUACAAGGUGACGGUUGCGGAGGUCCAGAGGCGCCUGUCCCCGCCCGAGUGUCUGAAUGCUUCCCUUCUCGGGGGCGUCCUGCGAAGGGCUAAGUCAAAAAAUGGAGGAAGAUCAUUACGGGAGAGGCUUGACAAAAUAGGUUUAAACCUUCCUGCGGGCAGACGGAAAGCUGCCAAUGUCACUCUGCUGACUUCGCUGGUGGAAGGUGAGGCUGUGCACCUUGCCCGUGAUUUUGGUUACGUGUGCGAGACGGAAUUCCCCGCAAAAACAGCUGCAGAGUACCUGACCCGACAGCAUAUGGAGCGGAAUGAGAUCGGCAGCCGGAAGAGCAUGCUCCUUGCAGCCAAGCAAAUCUUUAAAGAGUUCACUGACAUGCUAACCCAGGACCGAUCGCCCUUGGGCAAUGCCCGCCCCGGCCCGAUCCUGGAACCCGAAAUCCAGAGCUGCCUGACCCACUUCAGUCUCAUCACGCACGGCUUUGGGAGCCCUGCCAUAUGUGCUGCCAUGUCCUCGCUGCAGAAUUACCUGAACGAAGCAGUCAAGACCCUGGACAAAAUGUACAUGGCCAACAGCAGUGGCCAGAGCCCCCAGGAAAACCACAAUAAAACCCUGGACAAAGAUGAAAAGCACAGGAAGUGAGCGGCUGGCAAUGAAUCCGUGGACUUUACCCUUCCUCUCCCCUUCUUUGCAUAUGGGACUACAUGAAAUUCACCAAACCAGCAACAGCAUUGAUGGCCAGGGGCUGGAUUGAACCUCCUUCUAAUUGUGAUUUGCAGGGUUGAAGAUGUGCACUAUGCCUACAUGAUCCACCAUUUUAUUCAUGCUUCAAGUAUCAAACCUAUCUGGCGCUCUCAUCAUCAUGGCUCCAACUGAGUAUCUGGGCCGCUGCCCUCUUUUGCCGGGGUAACAGUCGAUGAAACUGUCUAACUUGCAUUGCCAAGGCUAUCAGGGACUUGGACUGUUUGUUGAAAUCUACAGCUACAAGAUAUAUUCUGCUCCAGACCCAAACCCCAAGGAAGGCUCCAUCGCACUGCACCACAAGUGAUGACACCAAACCUCUUCCAUCCUGUGGUGUUCGGUUGGUGAGAGGGAGCUGGGAAGAGACAGGGAGAAACUACUAGCCUUUGAUGAAGCAAUAUGUGGUUUCGUUUUAUGUAACCUGUUGACUUGCACUGUACCUGGCAUGGCUGUCUCCCAGUUAUGUAGUUGUGCUGAUGUUGUCCAGAUAAAGAUUAGCAGAGAGAUUCCCAGCUCUGCUGAUAUCCUACGUCAGGGAAAUAGGGUGGAGGCCUUAAGGAAGAUGAGAAGAUAAAUCCGACAGACAACACAUGAAAGCUUGUAGUCACCAGAUCGUCCAGUAAUACCUAUGGUCAGUAGCCCCCUUGUCUGUCUCUGAAUCAGAAAUUUGACACCCACACUUUGCUGGUUAUCACCAUAUUAGACUGGAUCACACUGAGUUGCAAACACACAGGGGCUCCAUACCAGGCUUUAGUUAGGCGGAAGCCUCUGUACAAAAUUAGGCUGGUGGCAAGCAGAAUCUUAAAUAACCAGCACCCAUUAGCAGUGGAGCCCAGCUGGUUGAACUUGUGCUUUGAGCAGUUUGAUUCCAUCUCUUAAUAAAUGCACAGAUUGAAUCUACAUUCCACACAAAGGUCAAAAAGGAAGGUUUUGGUCUUUGGUGCUUUCUUGUCUCUUCUCCUUGCACACCAAUGGGUUUAAACAAACCCUUUGGACAACCUACUACUGGUCUUUAUUCAGGGACUUACAACUUCUCUGGGCCCUGGGAACAAUCCAGACACCUGUCAUUUUCAAACUUGGGCUGUGGAAAGAAACAUUCACUCUAUCUAAUUACAAAGGGGGGGGGGGGCUACAGAACAAACUAAAAACAUUCAUUGUUUUUAACAAAGUGUAAUGAUUUGAAAGCUCUGCCCCAGCCAGAGUGGGGAGUCCAUUGGCAGAUGACACUGACAUUGACUCAUUUACUGUCACUCCUUCGAGCUCUGCUGCUAGGAUCUUAAGGUGGGUUUGAUCUUUUUUAAUUAACUCUUGUUCCACAGGUGAGUGCAGGCAUGGUUUUUUUUUUUUCUUUUUUUUUUUUUAAAUCAGCAUGUUUGAGAGAAUGAAUGGUAGGGAAGAGCAAUAGUUGAGAGAUUUGUGUGAGGCUUUAACCUGUUUACAUAAACUGGUCAGGACAGUCUGGUUAAUGCAGCCAAAUGAGUCACAGAGUCCUAUAGUGUGGAAACAGGCCCUUCCACCCAACUUGUCCAUAUCAGCCAACAUGUCCCAUCUACACUAGUCCCACCUGCCUGCAUUUGGCCUAUAUCCCUCUAAAACUGUCCAAUUCAUGUACCUGUCUAAAUGUUUCUUGAACGUUGUAAUAGUACCUGCCUCAACUACCUCCUCCGGCAGCCCAUUCCAUAUUCCCACCAGCCUUUGUGUGGAAAAACUAACUGCGCAAACAUAUAAUGUGUCUGCUAUUGGCAAUAGUUUCUGGGUUUUCCUGCCAUUUUAUAAUGUGCUACUUGUAUUCAUAAAAAACUUCUGUUCAAUCUACUGCUAAGUUUUUAAUUCAGCCAUGAAAUCUGCAAAACCAAGCGAUCUUACAGCAAUGAACAGGAACGGCUGUGCAGCUCAACGUUGUUCGAUGCCUAAUGAUCCUGGCUUUGGUUUUGGGAAGCAAGGCACACCCUCUCGCAUCAGCUCUGAACAAAACUGUAACUUACCUGUGACCUUUCUGCGAAAAGUCUGUGGGCGAAACUCCCCUCGAUCCUUGUCUUGACCCUGCCGAAUGAUUUUCCUCAUCCUUGUUGUCGCCAAUCGAUCAUUUAUUGUCUGGAGGCUCCACUUGGUCCAGUUACAAAUUUACUUGAAAUUUAGGUUGCAAUUCACCUUCCAGUCUUCAGUAGAGUUUCCUUCACAGGGUAAAUAGGGUAACAAGGGAACAUUGUUCUGAAUGUACAUAUUUAUUUAUGUGUAAUUUAAUGGGUAAUGUAAAUAUGGUGCAACAUUGAAAUCUUUUUUUUUAAAAAAAAGCUUGUUUACCUCUUGUAUAUAGGGUUAAGUCUUUCCAUUUUCAUAUUAUUAUGGAGAAGUGUUUCCCUGGUAAUGGGUAAGCUGAGAUAUAAAUUCCUUUAUCAUUCCUGCAUAAUUACAACAGGAAGUAAUGUAAAACAGGGUAUUUAAAUAUGUCCAAGGUGCGGUGUGCCUGAAAGUGUGUUCUUCCUCAAGACUCGCCCAACUCUUUGGGAGGUGGGCGGAAAGCAAUAAUUAUUCUUGGUGUGAGUUGUAAAGUACUUUCUUUCUAUAAAUCCAGUGGGACAGUUUUUCUUAAAACUCUUGUCAGUGAAUUUUAAGCGAAUGGAUGUCUAGAUGCAGUUUCUGAAAUGUGGAUUUAGUGUCUGUUCUGUAAUAUAAUGUCAAAUCAGAAAGAAUAAAGAUGAUAUUCUGAAUUUAAA